AUGAUUAGAAGAAGUUCAAGGGCAAAUAAAGGUAGACACUCCCAGAGAGAUGCCGAAUUGGAACAAGCCUUCAAAGAUGAAAUCGAGAAUUAUAUUUCUGAUGAUGAUCGUCCUUCAAAAAUGCUCAAACUUGAUAAUGAUGGAGAAUAUGGUGGAGAUGAGGUUUCAGACUUAGAAAUAGAUUUUAAUGGUUCAGAUGUGGAAGAAGAAGAAUUGGAUGUUAAUGAAGAUUCGGGAUCAGUCAAAUGUAUUUGUGGAGCUAACGAUUCCAAUUAUGAAGAUUUUAAUGAAAAGUAUGGUGAAGAAAUGAUUUGUUGUGAUAAGUGUAAUACCUGGCAACAUAAUAGUUGUAUGAAGAUUGGCCGUGUGCCUAAGAGUUACAUGUGUAAUGACUGUGCCAACAGUGCCAGAACUAGUACUAAGAUAGCCACAAAACCUACCAAAAUCACCAAGAGUACCGUCACCAAAAGUAUGGCCAUAAGACCAACUGCCACAAAACCAACUGCCACAAAAACAACCAACACUGAUUUCCCUGAAUUCAAAGACUCAUCAAAAAUAAGUAUUGCCAGAAUCUUCCAAACUACCGUCACCACUAAACUUCCUAAAGACUCUGACCCAGAAAUUGCCCAUAAUUGGGCUGUUAGGUUAACUAACGCAGUUUAUACGGACUCAAACCCCCAACAGAAAGCAAGAGCAGUGUUACCAUUGUUGAAAAAUAACGAUGUAUUAAAUAAAAUGAUUAGUAACUCUAUAACUCCUGAACAGUUGAUAUCCUUAAGACCUCAAGAUGUGGUCAAAGGUUUGAAUGAAAUAGCCGAAAAGGUUAGGUUAGAAUCGUUGAAAAGAUCAGUGUUGAAAGUUGAUGAGGCUCCUAGAGUUCGGAGAACUCACAAAGGUGAAGAAGUGGUGGAAGAUGUUAGUGAUCAACAUAAAGCUGAAAUGGAAGUAAAUAUUGUUUCCAGAUCUGUUGAUCAUAGAGUAUUUGAAGAUAAGAAGAAAGUCCACAAACAGGAAGUCCACAAACAGGAAGUAACCAAGGAAAAAGAAAAUACUUAUAAUUUCAAUACUGCGAUGUUAGAUGAUGAUUCAGAGGAUGAAAAGGAUAGUUUUACUAAGGACAGUAGUACUGGCUUAGAUGAUGAUGAUGAUUUAGAUAAGAUUCUUGGUCAUAAAACCCCACCAGCUACUGCUCCAUCAACUCCAGGUCCAAAAUCUAUUUUAAAAAGUCCAUCUACAAAACCAAAUGCCACAAAAUCAAUUUUAAAAACCUCAACAAAUACUUCAUCAUCCACAAAUAUAGAGUCAUGUGAUAUUUGGAAAGGAAGGUUAACAUUCCCUGAUUUCACUUCCUUCACAGCAUCUGCUAAGUUUAUUACGGCUACGGGAUACCAAAAUCCCACUUCAGAGUCCGCCAUCAAGUUCCAUAAUCAUUGUAUCAAUACCAGUAAACAAAUCUUCACCAGAUCAUUCUAUGAUAUCCAAGGAAAAUUGGACAGAUCACGUGCUGAUCCUUAUUUGACCACUGUCAAGUCAUCCAAGGACUUCUUUGUGUUCGAGGUCACUAAUGAGGACAAUCAAGAUGAUUACAAUAAGCUAUUUGGUUACUUAUUGACCAAAAAUAGGGUAGGUGUUUUGAGUGGUAAGCCAGCAUUUGCUAAAGAUGCUUAUUUGUUCGCUUUGAAAGACAGUGUUCCAUCUUACUUCCGUGAUCUAGUCAAUUUGAAUGGUAGACAGGGAUUGUAUGCCGUGUAUGUGUUGAAGAAGAACGAUAGACCAAGUGUGAGUGCUCCCGUCAGAGCUUCAGUAGAGGUUGCUAAUCCUUUGAGUAGUAUUUUGAGUGCUUUGUCAACUCCUGCAGUACCUUCUGCGGUGGUACAGCCACCAGCUGAAGAUAAGUUGGCUCAUAUGAACCUUCCAGCUGAUUUAACACCUCAACAAAGAACGGCCAUAGUCAACUUGCUUGAGGCCAAUCCCCAUUUGGAGGGCAACCCUGAACAGAUUCUUGAUAUUGUGAGACAGGGGUGA